AUGUCUUUAAGAAAAAUCAAUAGUCAGCUUUUAGGAGAAGGAUUAUUACGCGAUUUACCUGCAAACCAAAAAUAUAAAGAAUUAAAUACUGAUGAAGAUGUAGAAUACAACACUGAUAUAUGUAAGAAACAUGGACUUUACUGGGGGGAUGCCCAAGAUUUUUGUGAUCGAGCAGUAUCAAAUUUGAAAAAAGUAAAUUCCAUAAGUAAUAAGCAAAGACAUAAUGAGGAAUGUUCUUAUUUCCAGCAUUGGUUCUAUGAUGAGAUUAGGAAAAAUUACAAAAAAAAAGGGUGGUACAUUAAUAACACUGAUAAUUCCAACAAUCUCUUUGAUGUUAUCAACGAAUUUAAUUUAGUAGAUAAAGUAAACACUAAUAAAUGUAAUUUAUAUUCUAACCGUAGUGUGGAAGAUGUCAUAGAAGAAAAAGCUUUGCAUGAUUAUUUCAAAAAUUUUGACCGCAUUGGAUGUGAUGGAUUAAGUGAGGAAACAUGCCAAAUGUAUUAUAAUUAUGUUCAAUAUAUUAACGAUUUAUAUAAAAAAUAUGAUAACAAGUAUUUAUGUUGUUACACUACCGAUGAUGUGGUGGAGGAUGCGUGUAAGCGUUUUUUUAAGUGUGGGAAAAGGUAUAACCCCCAAAAUCUGUUAGUUAAGUUAGGUGGACACAUUCAACAAUUACAAAGCCAAAGGAUAGGCAAUGUGGAUUAUGGAUCACAAGAUAAUCUAAACACUUAUGAUUCAUCUGAAGCGGGAUACUUAUCACCUCAUAAUUAUCAAUAUAAUUAUGAUAUGGAACCAGAAUAUGAUAGUACAGUGAAGUCUCAUAAAUUUCGCAAUGUCUCCAUUAUUACUGGAAUGAUAGGAAUAUUUCUCGGUUUACUAUUUUACAUUAGGUCCAAUUCAGCAAAGCACAAAAGAAGAAGAAGAAGAGAAUCAAACGUGGAUGACAAUAUGAGUAACUUUAGUGAAACUGACUCGAACGUUUCAUCAAGGGACGAUUUAGAUUCUAUUUUUUCAGAUUUCCCAAAAAAGAGGUUAUAUCUUGCAUACCACGCUUAA